AUAAAGACGCAGUAGUAGGAAGUUUGAGAACUUAAGCCACCAUCAUGCUACUUGACUUGGCAUUUAAUUAAUAUUUUUACUAUUUUCAUAACACGAUGAUUCGCUUGCCCCUUCAUAAAAGGUCCAAAGAGAAUGUGGAUACAAAGAUUCGCGACUUAGCUACGCAAAUUCUGGUAUUUAGCAUAGCCAUCUUGUUUGGGAUAUUAAGCACUGUUAUCUUAAACUACUUCCUGGUCUGGGAACUCUGGGACAAUGGGCUGCAAUUGUUUAGGAGCAAAGAGACUUUGCCCACGCACUCUCCACUUUGCCUGAUUGCUCGCUCAAACAAUUUGACUCAACUUUCCAAUGAUAAAAGAUAUUACUUCUCACAUCCAAAUCAAGCAAACUGGACGGUCGCCAAUAGCACUUGCACGGAAAUGGGAUUGCAUUUGGCUUCCCUAAAGAACCAAGUUGACUUGUCAAUUGUGUGGCAUGAACUGAAAAGAUUUACAAAUGAAAACCACAUUUGGUGGGUGUCAGCAAAAGACUUUAGUACAGUUGAUAGACAUCACGAUUUUCAAUGGUUUGAUGGAACAAAGAUUGACAUCAAUAGCGAACUUUGGAGCCCAAAAGACAAAGGCAGAUCAGGCUGCGUCCGAUUAGUUUAUGGCAAUAAUACAUCCUGGACUGACAAAUUGUAUCGCGGAUCUUGCUCUGAACAUUGGGGUGUAUACAUCUGCGAACUCCCGUCAGAGUGCUAUUAACAACUUCAUUGGUAGAAGUCUUUGGUAAAGUUAAAAAAACCUUUUCUAUGUAACCCUGAACUUAAGUUUUCAAUCACAAUUUAGUUACACAAGCUGUAUUAACAAUUACGCUAUCAUCUCAUUUAUUUCUGUUCCUUCAUUGCCUUUAACUAGAUUGAAGGAGACUUAAAUGGAAAUUCAAUAUUAAGCUUUCAUUAAUUAUUUGAUAUUAUUUUAUUUUCUAUUAUUCGAUCAAAAUAUAAAUUUAUAACUAAUAAUAUUAAAUGCUUGCUUAGUUUCAACGUCUGCAAACUUUGUCUGGAAUACAUUUAUAGCAUAAUUCUGCAUUUUAGAUUGAUUGUGUCUAGAAAAAGAAUUUUUCUUACUUCACGUCAAAUUGGUUUUGUGUUGCUCAAAGUCUGCGCAUCACAACAAUCAGACUCGAUUUGAUCGUUGUUUGAGCUCUAUGAUUGGAUACAAGAAAAGUGUAUUACUCAAUCAGAGUGCUCAGCAGCAGUCCAGAUUUGCUCUAUUAAUUCUUAUGUGAUGAGCAGACCUUAGUUUUUAUGUAGAUUUCUGACUUUAUUUUAAUUAAGUAUCCUUUCACAUUAAGUUAAAUGCAAGUGAAUGCAAGAAUUUGUAUUUUUUUUAUGUUUACUUUAUCAAAAUAUUUUUUAAGUUUGUUCUUCAAAAUAAACUUGUAUAUUAACCCUUUAUCUUGCUUUGAUGUAAGAAUAUAAAUCAAAGUCUUUGUUACCAGUUAAAUUUUUUUAUUAU